AUGUCUCGAUACUUCAUACCCAUUCUCUCAUCAGGUCUAACUCCUCAGAGCCAUCUCUCGCUCCACUCGUCGAUCAUCUCACAUUCGUCUACCCGUCGGAAGUCGCUCGCCCAAACGGUUCUCCUCCACCGAGUCUCUCCUCAGAAUCUAUCGCUCCAUCUCGUCCGGAACCCAAACACUCCACCUCUCCUCCCUCUCCCAUCUCUAUUCGGACAAUCCUCUCAAAGAUACUCCCUUCACGAUCACGAUAACUCUCAAGGCUUCCCAGUCGAAGCACAACGCGAAGCGGCGCUCACUUCUAAUCCUUAUUCGUCCAUUCAAGCACUAGGACCACUCUCCCAUUCAUCCUUUCCGGCAAUCUCUCCUCGCCACGUCAAGAACGCAAUCACGGACCGGUUCAAAACGUCCACUCUUGAGCGUCCAUCGAUACUUAAGUAUCUCAGCGUCGCCCUACCCCAGACCUAUGAACUCAUCCCUAACUUCAAGGGAUAA